AUGGAAACUCCUUCUUACUCUCAUUUAACUUCAGAAGAUUAUAAUCACGUUUAUGAACCAUCAGAAGAUUCAUUUUUGUUAUUAGAUGCUUUGGAAGAUGAGUUAUUAUUCUUGCGAAAUAAAAAGCCUUUGAUAUGUUUGGAAAUUGGGCCUGGAUCUGGAAUCAUUGUAAGCGCAUUGGCAAAAUAUUUAGAUUACCAGUCUCAUGGGUUCUUUGCUGUAGAUAUAAACAAAUACGCAUGUGAUGCAACAUUAAGAACAUCCAAAGCUAAUUCUGUUAAUGUACAAAUCAUUAAUAUGGACCUUUUAUCAUCUUUCAAGCCAAAUUCAAUUGAUUUACUUGUUUGCAAUCCUCCUUAUGUUCCAACAUUUACAAACAACUUAGAUUCUGUGUGCGACAUUCCUGAGCAAACGAAGCUUUAUGAUGAAGAAGCUGAAAGUGUUUACAAUUCAAGCAAAUCUGAUAAAAUGUUGAUAAAGUCCUGGGCAGGUGGCUUAGACGGAUGUGAAAUCAUUAAUCGCAUAAUAUCAAAUUUGGAUUACAUUUUAGCUCCAAAUGGAAUUUUUUAUUUGCUUAUUAUUAAAGAAAAUAAUCCUGAAAGGAUAAUGAAAACCCUCAAAACAAUGGGAUAUGAAAGUCAUCAAAUUAAAGAUAGGAAAAUUCGUGGAGAACAUUUAAUUGUGUUAAAGAUAACUAAAACUUAA